AGUCUCGCUUGAUAUAUCUUAACGGACGAAGCCUUGUGAAGGCUGUAUACUGCUAAAAUGGUGUCGAGGAUUGUGUGCCUUGCGUUAUUUGUGGCUUUGGCGAGCGGCGCCACGUGGCGCGGCAAGUUACCACCGAAACCUGAACAUCUUGCUCACAAAGAAGGUUGCUAUGUGAAAGAGAUUGGUGAUGUCAUACCUUUCGGAUCUUAUGUUUCACCAGUUGGAUACUGUUAUAGGAUAGAGUGCGGCAAACACUUGAUACAUUAUGCUUCGUGUGGUGCUGUGUUAUCCCCCGAGAUACCUAACUGCUUCGUAACAGACAUUGAUCUGAGUAGAAGUUACCCUAGCUGCUGUCCAGACAUCAGAUGUGAUGUAGACAAUAAUUUAAUCUAAUAACAGGCGCUAAUAUCAAGACCGCGUAGUUGAGAAGUUUGAGUUUUUUGACGGUGAAGUAUGAGGUGCGGCAUGUGAGACCAUGGUUACCAUAGCAACGCGUCAUCGAAUGCCGCUCACAUAUUGGAUUAGGCUUAGACAGUGGAGUAUGAUGUGUAACCCUAGACUGACAAAAUAAAUUUGAUUUUAACAUGCUAAAUAUGAAGUCGAAUGUUUACAACAAAACAAUGUAUGUAUAAUUUGUCUAGGUUUACUAAUUGGCACCAUAUUAGAUUUAAUUAAGGGUCAAAUGUAAAUUUAGAAGCACCACUUGGUAAAAGUCAGAAUGGUAUAGAGUUCAGAAUAAUAUCACCUACUGUUAUUUUCAACUGCAUUUUCCUGUGGAAGUUGCGAGACUAUAACUUUAUGAGUAACAAUAUAAAUUAACAAACAAUAGAACAUGAUUGUUUAUUGUUGCAAAAAUUAUGAGAUAAAAAUAGAAAAAAAAAUUGUUUUUUUUUUUCUAUAAUUUGUAUUGUAUUCGGUCUAGAAGAUUGAAUUCCUUGAUUAUGUCAGACUAGCAUCUCGGAGUUCCAAAUCCGAAUACUUUAAAGGGCCAUGAAAAUAAAAUUCAUUAAUUAUUGUAUUGGAGCGAUGUAUCAUGGCUUCAUUUGAAUACAUUUUAUAGCGAUAAAUAUGACAUAUAGCAACAUUUCGUAUAAUUACAAGUUUAAUCUGUAAAUAAAGUAUUGGAAUACUCGUCAUAACGUUAGUUUUUUUGUAGUUAUCAGGGAAGAAGGAGGGGGGAGUGAUAGCGCUAUAAAAUCUAUAUAGCGCUGUCUUUUUCCCACACCAGAAUUAGUACUACUGUAAGACGUCACGGUUACUCCCUUGAGCACUAGUAACGAAAGGAAAAUAGUUAUAUAACGUUACUGGAUUAGGUAUAGCUGUGAAAAAUAACUUUUUUAAGAUACAAGUAUGUGUGAACCAGUGGGUGCUCAAAGACUUUUUGUUAAGAGUUCCUUUUUUUUGAGAGUUUGUGAUGAUUUCGAUAUUAUCUCGCUCUAGAAGCUAUCUUGCCACCAAAUUGUUAUUAUUUAUUUAUUGAAUAGGUUAUUGUAAAUUGUACUUUAUUUUAAUCUCCAUUAGGUAUCGUAUUGAUAAUCAGAUUGUUUUCCACGGUGCUUACGGACGAUUAAAAUGUUUUGUAACUUAAUGUUUAAGUGAUUUUAUUUGUAACAUUAGUAUAAAAGACUAAAUUAGAAAUUGUAAGGUUUUAAAAUGCAAUAAAGUAAUUUGUUUACGUUUACUG